UUGCAUUUGCACAACCAACACAAUUACUACACAACACAUCGAACUCACUUUAUAUAGUUGUAUUCUGCAACCACCACCAUGGCUGAGGAGAAGCACCACCUCUUCCACCACCACAAGGAGGAAGAGGAACCUGGCAUCCAUGAUGACAAGAAAGAGGAGAAGCACCACGAGCACCACGAGCACAUCGGCGAGCUUGGUUUUGCUGCUGCCGGAGCUUAUGCUUUGCAUGAGAAGCACAAGGAAAAGAAAGAUCCAGAGCAUGCCCACACGCACAAGAUAGAGGAAGAGGUAGCAGCUGCAGCUGCAGUUGGCGCUGGUGGAUUUGUUUUCCAUGAGCACCAUGAGAAGAAAGAAGCAAAGGAAGAGGAUGAAGAGUCUCGUGGAAAAAAGCAUCACCAUCUCUUUUAAUUUAACCACCCAUUCUCCUCUCUUAAUUAUCUCCUUCCUAUCUGUAUGUGUGUGACAGUGUGUGUAUUUGUGGGACUGUGUGGGACAGUGGGAUUGACUGAGCUUUUUUUUGCUUGCUGGUCACUAUGUUGACCUAGAUAAAGUGCCUGGCACUAUCUGGUUCUGCUAUUAUCUGUGUUAUGUGGAUAAUAAUAUUAAUGUUGGACGUGUUAUCAUGUAUGAUUUUCAUUA